AUAUAUAUAUAUAUAUAUAUCUUAUAUUAAUUAAAUUGUCAUUAUAUAGAUCUAUAAUGGAUCAAAAAUUACGGAUCAACUUCACCUAUACAAAUGUAUCGUUGUAAUCAUCUUUUUUUAUUUCCAAUUUGUUUAACCACUUUCAAUGUUCAAUAAUAUGAGAUUCUAAAUACAUCAUAAUAUUUAUCUAUAUACCUAUACAUAUUUACGUAAAAACGUACUAUACUACUUAUGCAGGAUGUAAUUUGAUCUUACCUAUAAUAAUAAUAGUAGCUAUUAUUAUUACUAAGCAUAUAAUACAAUGAAAAUGCAUAUGGAUACUAUUUGUCAAUACAAUUAAAUAUGGAAAUUAAUCAUGAAUUUAAAAAAAAAUAAAACUUAAAUAAAAUCAAAGAUCAAAAUAAAUGAAGACAAAAAUAGAAAGAAACAAUUUUGAUCACUAUAAACGCAAUCAACAAAAUUGAUCAAAAUCAAUAAAUAAGAGAGAUAGAGAAGAAGAAAAAGAAGAAAAAUGAUACCGAUUGAGGAUACUAAUAAUAAUAUUAAUAUUAGUACUAGUAUGAAUAAAAGUAAAGAAGUAUUAUUAUCAACACCAUUUGUCAACACAAUGAUUAUAAUCGGUAUAUUUUUAACUAUUUGCAGUAUUUGUACAUUUAUUGGUAAUCUCUUAGUAGUUUUAGCUAUUGGAUUAGUAAAAAAAUUACGUACACCAAGUAAUUUUUUAAUUGUUAGCUUAGCUGUAAGUGAUUUAUUAGUUGGUUUAUUAGUUCAACCAUUUGCAACAUUACGUGAAUUAUAUGGUUAUUGGCCAUUUGGUGAAGGUAUGUGUGAUUUGUUCAUUUCAUUUGAUGUAUUAAUGUGUACAGCGUCAAUUUUAAAUUUAUGCGCUAUAUCAAUUGAUCGAUAUUUAGCAAUUACUCGUCCACUACGUUAUGCAGCAAAACGUACACCAAAACGUAUGAUGAUAAUGAUAAUAUUAGUAUGGCUAUUUUCAGCAUUGAUUAGUAUACCACCAAUGUUUGGAUUUAAAGAACCCUUUGUUACUGGUUUAUGUGAAUAUAGUUCAAAUAUUAUUUAUCAAAUUUAUGCUACAUGUGGUGCAUUUUAUAUUCCAUUAAUUGUAAUGCUUAUAUUAUAUGGACGUAUACUUAUAUUAGCACGUAAUAUGGCACAUGCUGAUGCUAAACAACAACGUGUUGCGGAAUCGGUCACACAAACGAAUGCACAUAGUUCCUUCGAAAGUGAACCACCAGAACAAUUGAAAUUCGAACAUAUGCAAAAAUUAAAACAAUCUGCUGCCACCACAACGACAACCAACAUGAUAGAAAACAAAUCUGACGUAUUAUUACCGCUUAAUAAUGAACAGAAUAAUAUUGUUUAUUCAUCUAAUAACUCCAGUAAAGAGAAAUAUCCUUUACCCCCAUCAGAAUUAUGUCGACGGCGUAAACCACGUCCAUUAAGAAGACUUAGUUAUGGUGAUGAAUUCCUUAUUAAAAAAUCAGUGGAUAUUAAUGUGAAGAAUGUAAAAAAACCAACUGGUACUUCUGAAUGCUCAUCUACGAUGUCGUCUAUUGAACAGUUUGAACAACAUGUUAAAGAAUUGAAACAGUUAAGAGCGGAAUUUUUCGCUGCCCCAUAUACAAGACAUUCAAUUACUAUUAGUGUAACACAAUUAAAAAAUCGUAAUGAUCAUAAAGAGGAUGAAAAUUUCUCAUCUUUAAAUACUUAUACUUUGAAUAAUAUCCAUGAUAAUAAUGGUAGUUUACAACAACAAGAACAACCGGUGGCACUGAUACCUAAAAAUAAGCCUCUAUUAUUGACUGAUUCUAACCGAUCGAGAAAUUCAAUAUUUUCGCCACCUCUCCUAUCAGUAUCACAUUAUUUUGAUGAAUCUAGUUAUAUGAAUAGCUUAACACAAAUUUCUGAGGUUGCACCAAAUCCAUAUACUUCUAAUGAUAAUCAUAGAGAUGAUAAUAAAAAUAACCUUGAGGAAUAUGGUAGUAAUUUAAUGUUAAUAUCGCAAGAAACUACUCCAUUAAUAGUUAAUAAUACUGAUAUGCCAUUUACUACAGGUAUUAGUGAUAUAAAGAGAGAUUUUUACUAUUCAUCAUCAUGUGGUACAUCAUUAACUGGACCUAAAUCUACUACAAUGCAUCCAGCACGUCCACGACAGAGACCAUUUCAUACACCAAGAAGAUCAUUUACUACAGCCAAUGAAUAUAUACCCAUAAAUCGUCCAUUUAUAUUAGAUUUACCUAAUUAUGCAAUUGAUCGACGAUGUAGUUCACCGUCUACAUCACAUAAUUUUCCUUGGAAUCAUAUAAUUAAUCGUAACAUUAGAAAAGAUGCACAAAACUCUUUGGGUUUGUUCACAAAUACCCGGACAACUACAACCACUACAACAAUUACAAAUGAUAACGAAAAUGCUAUGAAUACUAAUGAUAAUCAUAAUAACAAUGGGAAAGUUAAUCACAUCAAUAUAUAUCAAAUGUCCUUUAGUUCUAAUCAGACAGAAAAUUUCGUCAUGGUUAAUCAACCAGGAAGUUUAGUUGGCACAAAUUGGGUGUGUCCUAAAUUGCCACCGGUGAAAAAACGUAAUUCACGUCAUCAAAAUGAAUCAAAAGCUGUUAAAACACUUGGAAUUAUUAUGGGAUGUUUUUGUCUAUGCUGGUUACCAUUUUUCAUUAUUGCACUAGUUGUUCCAAUACACAAAGUGGUCAGUGGAAAAGAUUUGGAUGUUCCAGACAUAGUUCGAAGUAUAUGUCUUUGGUUAGGCUAUUUAAAUUCAACUAUUAAUCCAGUCAUAUAUGUGAUAUUCAACCGAGAUUUUCGAUUGCCAUUUCGAGAAAUACUUUUGUGUCGAUGUCGUGGCAUGAAUGCACGUUUAAGAUCACAGAAAUAUGCUUUAGAAUACGGUAUGGCAACCUCAAAUGCAAGUCAAGGAGGAGGUGGUUACACUGUUGGAGUUGGUUUUAGUGGUCCAGGUUGCGGAUUUAGUUUUUCUGGACCAUCACUCCCAAACAAUGAGAAUAAUAAUAUUAAUAGUUCUAUGAUUGGAAUCACCAGUGUUCAUAGUCAAGGUAUGAAUUUAUGCAAUAAAGCGAAAUCUCAAAAUAAUUCACAUAAUAACACUGUGAAUACUUAUCAGUUGGAACGCUUCAAAAAUCAUACGAAUCUAGGUUUUAAACAUUCAGGUCAAAUAGACAGUCUUAAUUUGUCAACUGGUCGAUAUACUAGACAUCAAAGUGGAUCCGUUUCAUUUAAUCGAUAAAUAAUGAAAACAGAAAAUAUGACUUGGUUCGUUUUUUUUUUCUCUACACAUUUCAUCAUCACCAUUUCCAUUCAUAAUUGGAACUGUAGAAUUUCCAAACAGAAAUCCACCCACUGUUCAACGGUCCAAUUAUCGUCUUUCAUUGAAUAUCAAAGAAGUGUAAAUUCUUCAAUACAGAUAUAAAAACCUAAUAGAGAAAUGAUUAAAUGUAAAAAAAAGAGUACUUUGCACUUUCCCUUUUCAAAUUUUAUCAGAAUAGAAACAUUGAGUAUUAAAAAGAUGAUAAAUUAUCGCGUUUAUAUUCUCCUUUCUAUUUUGGAUCGUUUGUUUUUCAUGUUUAUCACCUGCAUAGAUUUAGCCCUGAUUGGUAAAAUGCAAAUUUUAAAUAUAUUUUUCCAUUCUAUUCACAUUUUUACGUAUUGUACAUUCUUUCAUCUGCUUCUUACCUUUUCAUAUUUUCUUCUAUACCUACCCGGCGUUUCACUGUCACUAUUUAUAAAAUAUUUUUUCAGAUAUGGUUAUUUUUUUGAAUGUACCAAUGUAAUCACUAUUCACCGCUUAUGAUUAUACUUCAUAAGAAAUUCCUAUACAUUUGUUUAAAUAAAUGUACCGCGCCAAUAUUUCAACAUAUUUACUUUAAAUACAGCAUAACAACCAAACGAACAAAUCAGUAAAAACAAAAAUAUCUAUGUGACUCAAUUAUUGAUUGACUGUCUCUUUUAGAUUCGCCGACUUAUUUAUUGUUAACUACUACUAAUAUGAAAGUAUAUGUACCACAUAAUUUGCAACACUUUAUAUGCAAUUACACUAAACACUGAAACAAGUGUAACAACAGUGAACAAAGACAUGGAAGGAAAUAGAUGAGGAUUGCAUGAAUAACAUAAAACGUCUGUGUAUCUACACUAAGGAAAGAUUUCCAGCUAUUGGCAUACUUAUAUAUAUAUAUAUAUAUGCAUGUUUUUUAUUGUUCACGAAUAUCAAAACAGAAAAAUGUUUCAAAGAAUGUUUUCUGACAAUAUCUUCAAGUAGACUAAUUAUUUUACUACUUUUGAAUAUUACUAUCUACUCAGUUCACUUUCCAUAUUCCUUUUGCUUGAUUUCUGUCUUUCACAGCCUGUCAGUAGAACUUCAAAAAUAAAGAAAAAAAAUAUUUUGCAUUUGACAAAAACGAUGAAUGUAUCUACUUAUAAGUAGUAAAAAUCAGAAAAAAAACAAAUUCCAUCACCAUUACUACUGUUUAUUUUACUACUAAGAUAUGCUUACUGAACAAUUUGAGCUAUAUUUUUUUUGGAAACCAAAUGAUUGCAUUAAGUUAAUGUUAUAUACACUUUAUUGACUACCAUGUUUAUUUCACUUAAUUAAUGUUCAUUAAAAGAUUGCAUUGUCUAAUCACUAUUCACUAGUGAAACGUGUUUUUUUUGUUUUGUUUUUGUUUUUUCUCACUUCUUUUUCACACAGCAACAACCAAAUCAGUAAUAAACUUUUUAAAAAAAAUUCUUUUUUUUUUGUUUUCUAAUUGCAUUUAAAUGCGCUUAUCGAUACUCAAACUUCCCUUGCAAAUCCUCUAUAACUUAUAUAGUUUGUUUCCAGAUAUAACACUAUAUAAAUUUGUAAGAUAUAUAAAUAUAUAGAGAUAUAAUACAUUGAUAUAUUGUAUAUAUAUAGUAUUCUGAAGUCUCUUGGUUUGCUCAUUAUUGCAGUAAACACAUCAUGUGAUCAUUGUAUAUUACGUGUUUACUAAUUAUGUCAUUUCUACAAGCCUGUUAUUGUUUAUUUAUUUGUUUUCUUUUCUGGACAGAAGUUUAUACGUUUAGUUCUAUUUAUUUGUGAGUAUAUUCAAUUUAUUUGAUUCUACCUUCUUUUUCUGUUCACUCUUCAUAGUUCUUUUUUUCACGUUCACCUUCUUUGAUCUUUCUCACUAUUAUUAUUAUUAUUAUUACUAUUACUAUUUUACUUUUAUGAUAUGCCCAAUAGCAUAUCAUGCAUAAAGGGUGAUUAAAAUAAUAUUUAUAAUAAAAGAAUUAACCCGAAGAGAUUUAUUCGAUAAAAUAGUUUAAUCAAUGUACGAAUCCUUUCACAACCAUUUUAUUUUCAAAGCUGUACAGCAGUAUGUAAAUAUUAUAUAUAUAAUUUAUUAAUCUGUGAAUAAUUGUUUAUUAAAAUCCGAUUAUAGUUUGCGUAAAGAAAUGAUACCAGUUCAAUAUCUAGGAAAACAACACACAACUGUCUCUUCCUAAUAUGGGACUCCUCAGCAAUAAACAUCCACAAAUCCUUAGUAAGGAUUGAAUCCACCAGGGUAUACGAGUUUUGCUGCUAGUGCCAAAGCUCUAGAUCAUUGAGAUGGCUUCCGAAGUUAACAUGUUCAACUUCAAUCAAUUCACAGCAUCACUCAACCAUAUUAUAAUUCUAUAAUUGGUGGGUAACUGCUUCAUAUUCAACACGAUCAUACUUCACUAGCCACUGCUUCAAAAUAUCUCUGAA